CCAACUACUGUUUAAUGAUUAAGCUUUUAUAAUCUUUUCGCGUCACUCAGAGAUGUUUUUUGUGAGAUUACAGAUUUAACUGUGUGGAAAGGAUUCAUCAGGCUGAAGUUCAAUCUAUUUACUGACUGCAAACUUGAAGGAGCUGGAUUGUCUACAGAGGCAUAAUCUGCGGGAUUUUCAGCCGGCAUGUUAAAUGCAUUGCAUAGAGUAGUGGGUCCUGUCCUGAGGCAGGCUGUCCGCACAGAGUCCCGCAUAUCACGGGGACACAUGGUGCAGCUCCGCACCGCAGCGACUUUCCGCUUACUAGAAGACUGUCUCGAGAUCAGCGAUGGGGGAAAGCGGAUGCGUUUCAACUACGUGUGGCUGCGGGACCACUGUCGCUCAGCUUCCUGCUUCAACUCCGCGACCCACCAGAGGAGCCUGGACACCGCGAGCAUUGAGCUGACUGUCCGCCCUCAGAGCUCCGCGCUGGAACACGGUCAGCUGGUGCUCACCUGGCCAGGUGGCCAUGUGUCAAAAUACAGCCUUAGCUGGUUGGCUGAAAACAGCUAUGAAGAAAGGAAGACGGCUAGUGAGCAGCAUCGCAUCCUGUGGAACGCUGACAUCUACCAAAACGCAAACGUGUCUACAGUCAAAUGGGACAAAUUUAUGAGCUGCGACAAUGAGCUGAAAAAGUUCCUUCAGAACUACCUCUUGUAUGGUAUCGCUUUUGUGGACGACGUUCCUACAACAGUGGAAGCCACUGAGAAAGUCACUCAGAGGGUCAGUCUUAUCAGAGAGACUACAUAUGGGAGAAUGUGGAGCUUUACAUCCGAUUUUUCCAGAGGCGACACUGCCUACAGUCAGCUGGCCCUGGACCGUCACACGGACACCUCUUAUUUUCAGGAGCCAUGUGGAAUCCAGGUAUUUCAUUGCCUCAGACAUGAGGGUACAGGAGGAAGGACACUGCUGGUGGAUGGCUUCCAUGCUGCAGAGAAGCUCCGCCAACGUUCUCGUCAGAACUUUGAGCUUCUCUUUCAAAUACCAAUAAGGCACGAGUACAUUGAGAACACAGACAAUCACAAGAACCACAUGAUGGGCAUUGGCCCCGUGCUCAACGUCUACCCAUGGAAUAAUGAACUCUACAUGAUUCGGUAUAACAACUAUGACCGGUCAGUGAUUAACACAAUCCCUCAUGAAACCGUCCAGCGAUGGUAUGUAGCACAUCGAGAGCUGACCGAGGAAUUAAGGCACCCAGAGAACGAGCUGUGGGUGAAACUCACUCCAGGGAAAGUGAUUUUUAUUGACAACUGGAGGGUCCUGCAUGGGAGGGAAUCUUUCACCGGAUUGAGGCAGCUUUGUGGAUGUUACCUGACCCGAGACGACAUUCUCAGUACUGCACGCUGCUUCGGACUCCAAGCCUAAACAUGCAGAAUUGAUCGAUUCAGUGCCUUAAUAUUCUCUGAUGUAGUUUAAUUAUAGUGUACCCCCUGCUGUACAGGAGGAUAUACUACUUUACUGAUAUAUGUUUUGGAAUAUUGAUCAAUUUUAAGUUUUUUUUGUCAUUUAAAACACCAAAAACAAAUAAAUGAAUGAAUGUUCAAA